AUGGCGCUGACGGCAAAAGUGUGUUUGUUGCUGCUCUUGCAGCUCGUAGUGUCACAUGCAAACGCAGGUAGCUGGCAGAGCUGUUGUAAGGUGCCUGUGGCAAAGUGUGGUGUAGGUGACAGUGCAUUGGAUGGUCGCGAGUACCGGUAUGACAUUGGAGCGUACCGGUACAAGUGGACCAACUACCCAUAUAACUCAUACAGCUACCUCGGCCCCUUUGCAACCGUUGCAUUGAGUCAGGUGUUCCAAUCAUGCCAGGUCUGCUCAAAUGAAACAAGGCCUACCCAGGGGGGUCCCACUCAGAACCCUUCCCUGCCUACCGCCAGAACCAGCAUCAUGAUCGUUGACAACGACGUCGGUGAGCUUGACAUCAAAAAGGCAGAAAUCCUCUCUCAGAUCCCGUGUGGUAGAGAUUGCAGGCUGUGGUUUGUGGGUUGUAACCUAACGGAGAUAGAGGGAGGGGCGUUUGCUAUGUUGCCACAGGUGUCCACCCUGGUCAUCUGGCGGAGCAAUGUCCAGGCUCUGAGGAACGGCACGUUUGCUGGGAUGGACGGUCUCAAAAAGCUGCUGUUGUUGGAGAACAACCUGACACAUCUGGAGGUUCCCCAGAGAGAAUUUUCAUAUACAUCUCAACAGCUCAACAAAACCAAACAUGCCAUGGCUCUGAAGAUUACCUGUGGAUUUGGCCGUGCUGGUGUUCGCGAGAGCAAAGUUAUAGGCUUGUCUGAAGAAGAGAAAAAAAUCAAGAAGUUUGGCCACAGGGAUCUUGACCAACGAUACAAGGCUUUCAAGAAUAUCUAUGAAGGAGGAGAAAAGAAUGAACUGAGUUUCAAAGACUUUGGUGACAGUGUAAAACAUGUUGAAAAGGUUCUGAACAACUGGUCAGGAAGCUGCCGUGAUGAGAAGGAACAGUUUUUAGAGUAUUUCAGUCUAGACAACUGGAAGAAGCUGAGUGCAGCAAAGAAAGCACAACAUGCCAUUGUAGGCCCAUGCAAAGCAUGCCAGUUGGAUCACAAGGACUUCUGGGAACUCUACAAUAAGCAGAUAAGGUGUACAAGGAUACGUAAUGCACUAAGUGCCAGUUUAGCACACGUUAAUGAUGCAAACAAAGUACAAGAUGAAAGGUCUAAAAAGCGAAAGUGGGCGCAAGAAGUCAAGUCUAAGAUUGAAGCAGCACAGAUGAAGCACAACAGAGAUGUUGCGGUGGCUUAUGGGAUUAGUGAAUCCCUCAACGGCCGAAGGAAAAGAAGGUUGGCAGAGGAGUUUGAGACAAAAGAGGAGGCAGACAAACGCAGCAAAAAAAGGAAGAUUCUUGAAGAACGGGGUGAGAGGACACCCAAGAAGAGGUUAGGGACAUUUGAAGCCUGGGCCACAUUUGACAAAGAGAAGCUGAAGCAAGAAGUGGAAAGUUACGAGGAUGAGGCGGACAUAAACUGGACAGAGCUGGCAAGGAAGUACCACAUUAGGAAACAUAAUGGAGAAGUGCCUUCCAAUGUUGGUCAAAUGUUGAAGCUCUGGCUAGAAAAGGAAAACGUCAACACCGAGAGAUUCAGGAAGCAACCUGCAGCAACACGUGUCCGCAGAGCAAGAGUGAAGAUAGGUGGGGGUACCGGCCUUACCCUCCCCAAGAGGCGCACAGAGAGACAGAUAAGUAGGGAGCUGUCCAUAAUGAUCAGAGAUGGACAAGUUCCGAUUGGUGAGUUUGUUGUUCCGAAGACAUUCCGAAAGUUCAUUCUAAACAAACACACCAAAACAAUCGAGACCAAAACUAUCACCAUAGAAGGAAGAAAACAGCCACUACUUAAAGUCAGGGAGCAACUUCUGCAGUCGCAGCAGCCAUUCAUGAGGGAUGCAAGCAACUACAACCAAAUGACAAAAGAACAGUUGAAACAACGCCUGAUGGAGCUAGGGGGGUAUACAGAAGAGGAGGAUACAGAAGAAGCCAUGAGACAGGAGUUGCAACGUAAAGAGAGUACAAGAUAUCUGAUGUAUUGGGAGGACGGGGCAACCCUUGCCAACCAUGGCUACAUCUUGUACCUGGUUGCAACCAUCUAUGAUGCAGCAAUACACCUUACAGAUAUAGAAUACCGCCAGAAGUACCACCUAAACAUCUCUGUCCAGUCCAAAGUUGAACAGCCACAAAUCUACAUCAUUGCCAGAAGCAGCAGCUCUGACGCAGAACAGCUGCUGUAUUCUGAGACACGAAGAGAUGACCUGCCAUCUCUUGCUCUCCCUGUGAAGUCACAAGAUGGAAGGGAGUACAACGACAUCCUGCGAUUUUUCAAGGGGGACAAUCCUGCUCGUCAGUUUGAGAUAGGUCAACAGAGAGGAGGACACUACCCUUGUCCUUGUGGUGUAAACAUUGGAGGAGCCCACAGCUACCAUGAGUGCUGUGCCGUUGAGAACCCUGCGCCAACUCUGCAAGACAGACAAGAAUUUAUUCUUGAUGGGCCAGUGACACGCCUAAAGGCGUCUUCCUCCCUUCCAAACGCCUUCGACCAACUGACAAAAGAAGAGAUGCAAGACGAACUAACAUACAGAGGAGCAGUGCCAUAUGAGUCGGUUGAUAAGCUAUCCAAGAAAGAGCUGCAGCAGGAAAUGAAGAGGACACUACAAGGGGUCAAGAGAGCUCCAGCACUGCUUCAGCCCAACCCCACACAGAACCUUACAGAACUCAACCUCCAACACCUGGAAGUUCCCGCAUGCGAAAGCAUGCAUGACAUCUACAAUCACAUAAAGAACAUCCUAGAAGAACUGCCAGCACAUGUGCCAAGAGAAAUUGCAGAGACAAUUCAAACUGUAAAGCAGACAGUCCUGGGAGAUAAGGACACUGUCAGAGCCAGCGACAUGCGCAGACUCCUGCUUAUACUGACAAAACAGCUCGAACAACAAGGUAAAGCAAGCAAGGAGGUAAUGGAGCUCCUGUACAGCCUAGCUGAAGUUCAACGGCUCUGCUAUGCAGCUGCAGAUGAUCGAACCACCACCACCAUCUACCGCCUGUCAAACACGGUCUUCAAACACCAUCUCAUGAUGAAGGUAUGUUUCCCUGGGAUGCUGACAAACAUCACAAACAGAAAGCUCUGGGGACAGUACAUACAUUCUUUAAGAGACCAUACCCCGAUCUUAUAUAGGAUUGCACCAAUCAGCUCCCUGAUGGCAGAAAAUGAGGAGAGACACUUUGCAACAAUCAAGCGCAUCACGAAGUCUUCUGGAAACUAUGCUGACGAAGGUCAACUCAUCACCAACGUCUUUGUGAAGUCCCACUUCAACCAAGAUACAGGAGCAGCUACCCACCAGGACAAUCAGAUAUCGGAGAUGGGAAAACUGCUGCCCCAGUCGAGAACCCGUAUCCCCAUCACCCUGUUAAAGAAGUAUGCACGAGAUGCUCAGACACACUGUGAGCGUGUGGCUGAUUUCAUGCAAGAUGGAUACAACAUUCACUGGCACAUAGAAGAUGAAGAUGUCGUCUUCCAUGAUUCACCAGCACAGGACCCACCCUCUCACCCCCCUCAUCACUUCAGAUCCUCAUCUUGCAAGCAGGAGCUCCAAUUCCUUCAGCAGAAAUGGAAAGGAUGUCUUCAGGAUGAGGUACCCUUGCCACUCAGCAAGAUCUGGGUCUACGAAGGCCAGAACUUGGCAAGGAAAGUCACAACCCCAUUUCUGGACACAGGACAUCUCUUCAACCAGAAAUAUCACUACAUGGCGGCCAACGCAGUAGAAGAACCCCCGCAGACCAAUGCAGAAGAAGAUCAGACAGUGGAUCAACCUGACAGUGAUGAAAUGGAGGAUACAGAGGAUGAAGAGGUCAUCAGGAUGGACCGUCUAGAUCCCGAACCAGAGCUUGAGCAGUUCGAAGCUGAGACUGAACCCACCUGGGACCAAGCUGACAGUGAACAGACUGACACCAGAUCUCCACUUCGGGCCAUCCUUCCCAGCAAGGUUCCUGGCAACAUCAGAUCUGGAGGAGAGAUAAGGGGACAAGUAGGCAGCUGUUUGUCACCAGGAAGCAGCCCUGUCUCCACACCUCCCAGAACACCAGUGCAGGAAGCAGAGCGCUCCACUGGCAACUAUCAUAGACAUAGUUCCAAGCACAGCAGCUUCACCACACCAACUAUGACAAGAAGUGUGAGCCUUCCAGGUACCAGCAUGAUGACCCCACCGGCUACUCCAAGUAUUCCUGCCGAGAACAAAAGCAGGGAAGAGUCAAAAUGGCAGACCAAGUUGGGUUCUGCACUGGCAGUUGUGCUGGGGGAUCUGCCUGUGGUGAAGCAGGCAGACAAGAUGAAGGCCAAGAUGAAGAUGGCACCAAAGAGCCAUUGGGUCAAGGAGGAAUACAACACUUGUGUAGCGCAAGUAUCUUGUCAUCUUAGUAGGCAUCUAGACGAAGCUAGGAAAAAAUAUGCCGCUUGGGAAAAACACUUUCUUGUUGACAUAGGUAGAGUGCCAACUGUGUCAGAUGCCCGUAAUGAUCCGGAGGCUUCGGCACUGGAAAAGAGAAUCCGAUAUGCAGAGCAUCUCUUGCGGCAUUUUGGAGUACACUUGUACAGGUCAUAAUAUGGUUGCUUUCAUGUCUGAAAGCAUUGUAUAGUAGUAUUAACUGUUCUCAUGAAAGUGUUUGCAACAGCAAUUUAUUUGUAGUACUUCUUUUUUUGUGAUGGGUUUUGAAAAACCCUGAUUAUGAUGCCAAGGAAUAUAAUUGCCUCUUAGUCAUGUGUCCUCUUCUAGAUGGUAUGAAGAGCCCAAUAUGUGCAAUCGCUUUCUAUUUAGAAAGUUUUCAUUAUUUAGAUGGUUGUCAUUCAGAAUUGUUGUGGUACAAGAUACAUAUGAUGUUGGUGGAAAUGAAAUUAAUGUAAUUCUGUGAAUAAUUUUCCUUGAUCUUGUAUGUAUCAUUAGUUAGAAAAAAAGGAAUGUGUUGUGGUUUCCAAGCAAUGAUACUCAUUUGACACUUCAGUGUAAUAAUACUGUAAAUGCAGAAACUUUCGCUGUGGAUUGAUGUUUUUUCCAUUGCAGUAAGAGGCUAUAGACAGUGUAUGGCGCUACGACAAACUUAAAACACGCGCGAAAAGUCCUUUUUCCUGCUACCGCGGAAUUAAAUCCACGCGAACUUAAAUGCACUUACAGUAUUAUAAUGCAAUCACCUAUUAACAUUGUUUCACUGUUAAAAUAUUUCCAGUAAGUUAACUUACGUAACAGUUACAAUCAUUUUUUGAAAGUACGUAUUUGCAAUUCAUCAAAAAGGAAGAUAUUGUCAAUUGUGUGGAUAUUGAACCUGUAACCUACAUGACUACAGUC